GAGCCCCGCCCCUCCGCCGGACUCUAGCUCUGGGACUGGGUGGAGGGGAGGUAAGGGGAGCCUUGUGAUCUCACUUUCGCAAAAGCUCCCGCAGUUUCCCACAACCCUUGCUCCCUAGCGUUAAGAGCCUGCGCAGCGAGGUGGGAAGGAGACCCAGACCCCUCUGGAUGCGUGGCACCUGUAACCUCCUGAAGCUCCGGGAAGAAUAUGCCCCCACCAUGGGCAAUGCGCAGGAGCGGCCCUCAGAGACGAUCGAUCGCGAGCGGAAACGCCUAGUGGAGACGCUGCAGGACGACUCCGGGCUGCUGCUGGAUGCACUGCUGGCGCGUGGCGUGCUCACCGGGCCUGAGUAUGAGGCGUUGGACGCGCUGCCUGAUGCCGAGCGCAGGGUGCGUCGCCUGCUGUUGCUGGUACAAAGCAAGGGCGAGGCCGCCUGCCAGGAGCUGCUGCACUGCGCCCAGCGUACUACGCGCGCGCCAGACCCAGCCUGGGACUGGCAGCACGUGGGCACUGGCUACCGGGAACGCAGCUACGACUCUCCAUGCCCUCGCCACUGGACGCCUGAGGCACCUGACUUGAGGACCGCUUGCCCCGAACCGCCCAGAGCUUCAGACUGCGACGAGGCUGGGGUUUCAGGGGGCUCGGAGGCAGUAUCCGGAACCCUCGAGGAACUCGAUCCGGAAGUGGAAGCUGAAGUCUCUGAAGGGGCUGAGCCAGAGUUGGAACCCCAAAUGGAUCCGGAACCAGAGCCAGCACCUGAACUGGAGCCAGAGCCAGAGCCAGAGCCCGACUUUGAGGCGGGUGACGAGUCUGAAGAUUCCUGAAUGUCAGAGUGCUGAUAGGCUGCUGCUCUCUGCCCAAAGCAGACAGGACCUGGGAUCCUGCUCUGGCAUUGGGGAGGAUGCCACCAAGUCUCCACCUGACCCAGUACCACUGGAAGUGAAUAAACUCCGGUGGGUCACCUUGGGCCCUCUCUGUGA